AUGCUGAAAACAUAUCAAAUGUUAAUUCGAGAGACGGUACGCAUUGGCAGAGAUUACGAGAGAUCAAAGGAAAAGGAGAAACGGUCAGCAAAUUUCAUAGAACCAAUGUAUAUUUUGGGCAGGUGGUUGAGUGCUUUCUUGCGACUGUUAACGUGUAGCAUGCGACGUGCUUUCGUGUCCGUGUUACACGUGAGAGGUGUCAUUGAUUUACAGCAGCGAAAUACUAAUUAUAAUGGUAAUCAUUCUCUGUCGUCAAAUUCAGUGAAAGAAGUUUAUCAACAAGCAUCUCCCAAGUUGAAAAACAUAGACAAGUAUCUCGCUGCAAUUCUUGACGAAAAUAGGUCCAAAAAAUCUACUGACUUCACACUCUAUCAUGCAUUACUAGCUUCUAUAUCUGUCAUUGUUGUGUCAGAAUUAGGUGACAAGACGUGGUUUAUUGCCGCGAUCAUGGCAAUGAAGCAUUCUCGGUUAACUGUUUUCUCUGGAGCAAUGACAGCUUUAAUUUUGAUGACACUUUUAUCAGCUGGAUUGGGAUGGUUUACUCAGGUCAUGCCACGAUUGUUGACUCACUCUAUUUCUACUGCACUUUUUGCAUUAUUUGGUAUGAAAAUGUUAUAUGAUGGGUAUCGAAUGUCUCCAACUGAUGGACAAGAGGGAUAUACAGAAGCAAAAACGGAAAUCCAAAAGAAAGAACUGCUGUUGGAUUCUUCAAGUGUUUCUGAUAUAGAAAGUGGAGGAAUUAGUGUGUCAAACCGGAGUUCAAUGCGUGCGAUUUUAAGUAUGAUUUCAACACUUUUUUUGGAAACCUUUACGCUUACAUUUCUGGCUGAAUGGGGCGAUCGAAGCCAGUUGACCACAAUAAUGUUGGCAGCACGUGAAAACAUCUACGGCGUAGUAAUUGGUACUGUAUUAGGACACGCUUUAUGUACAGGAAUUGCUGUUGUUGGGGGCAGACUUAUUGCUACUCAUAUAUCGGUAAGAACAGUUACAUUAAUUGGAGGUGUAGUCUUUAUCCUGUUCGCGUUUUCUGCCUUCUUUGUCGAUCUGGAAUCGGAGUAA